GUAGCCCGCACACACGCGAAGCACAACGCCAUGGCGAGCAGCAGGCAUCCGCGCUCCGUGCUUCUGUUGCUGCUACUGCUGGCGCCGCUCGUGGUGGCAGUGGCCUCGGCGCCGGCGUUCUUGGAGGAGGAUGUGGUUCUUGGUGUGGUGUCGGCGGCGAGGGUGGGCGGUAAGGGCGCCAACGCGAGCACGAGGAGGCCGGCGAGCAGCGGCCGCGACGUCUUCAGCGUCUUCAGCGGCGAUGGGAGGCGCGACGACGGGGGUGGCGGGUGGAAGGAGGAGAUCGCCGAGAUGGCGGGGCGGCCGGAGAUGGCGGCGUGGCUGCGGCGGGUGCGGCGGCGGAUCCACGAGCGACCCGAGCUGGCGUACGAGGAGGUGGAGACGAGCCGGCUGGUGCGCGAGGAGCUGGACGCCAUGGGCGUCGGGUUCCGGUACCCGCUCGCGCGCACCGGCGUCGUCGCCACCAUCGGCACCGGCCGCCCGCCGGUCGUCGCGCUCCGGGCCGACAUGGACGCGCUGCCCAUCCAGGAAUUGGUUGAGUGGGAGCACAAGAGCAAGAACCCCGGGAAGAUGCACGCGUGCGGCCACGACGCCCACGUCGCCAUGCUCCUAGGCGCCGCAAGGAUUCUCAAGGCUCGCGAGCGUCACCUCAAGGGUACGGUGAAGCUGCUGUUCCAGCCGGCGGAGGAGUCGGGCGCGGGCGCGAAGCGGAUGAUCGACGACGGCGCGCUGGAGGGCGUGGAGGCGAUCUUCGCCGUGCACGUGUCGCACGAGCACCCGACCUCCGUGAUCGGGUCGCGAACGGGCGCGCUCCUCGCCGGCUGCGGCUUCUUCAAGGCGCUGAUCCGCGGCGGCCGCGACCCCGUCCUGACCGCCGCCUCCGCCGUGAUCAGCCUGCAGAGCCUCGUGUCCCGCGAGGCCGACCCGCUGGACUCGCAGGUGGUCUCCGUCGCCGUCGUCAACAGCGACGACGGCGGUCAUGGGACGUUCGCGCUGGGCGGCACGUUCCGGGCCUUCUCGAACGCGAGCUUCUACCGGCUGCGGCAGCGGAUCGAGGAGGUGAUCACGCUGCAGGCGCGGGUGCACGGCGCCGACGCCGCCGUGGACUUCUUCGAGGACCAGAGCUUCUACCCGCCGACCGUGAACGACCCGCGGAUGUACGGCCACGUCAAGGCGGUGGCGACGGAGCUGCUCGGGGAGGGGAGGUACCGCGACGUGCCGCCGAUGAUGGGCGCCGAGGACUUCGCGUUCUACUCCCAGGCCGUCCCCGCGGGGUUCUACUACGUCGGCGUGCGGAACGAGACGCUGGGGUCCGUGCACACGGGCCACUCGCCCUACUUCAUGAUCGACGAGGACGUGCUCCCCACCGGCGCCGCCGUGCACGCCGCCAUCGCCGAGAGGUACCUCGCCCUCGCCGGCACCCUGUCGUCGUCGUCCUCGGACCCGGUCGAACAGGAGUUGUGACGCCAUUCAGUUCCGUUUUCAGCGCGGGAAUGACGUUGCGCGCGCUCGCGAAAAUUGGUGGCUCUCUCGGCCGAUCACGCCGUGGUCUGGGCUGUUAACUUUUUUUUUUCCUUGCUCGUAGUGUUGGGAUUGAGACGCCGUCUCGGUUUGAUUACCUUUGUGGCCUUGUGCCAGUGACGCAUCGGCACUUUGAGCGCGCGUGUUUCUGCUGCCGCGCGAGCAGGGAUUUGCGAGGGAAAAAAAUGAUGAAUUGAGCAAUCGGUAAAUAUGUAGCAUGAUGAA